GCCUGGAUUUCUGCUUCUCUGUUGACCACUUGGUGUUCUCCCUUCAAGGUGGAGAUGGACCGGAGGAUGAUGAUGGAGGAGAUUCAUAUACAACAUUGCUUGAAAGAGCUGCGUAUGAAGCGGAUGAAGGGCAGAGAACAAACACCGACCCUCAAGAGGGGGAAAACCCCACUUUCCACGAAGCAACUCACACAGGGGAGAGACCGUUCAAAUGCCUCGAGUGCGGGAAGAGUUUCGUUCAGAAGACCCACCUCACCCGCCAUCACGCAAUUCACACUGGGGAGAAACCCUUUAAAUGCCUGGAGUGUGGGAAAGCUUUCAGUCAGAAGUCGCACCUCGCCAGUCACCAAGCGACUCACACCGGGGAGAAGCCGUUCCAGUGCCUGGAGUGUGGUAAAGGUUUCAGUCAAAAGACCCACCUCACCCGUCACCAGACAACUCACACGGGGGUAAAGCCGUUCGUGUGCUGGGAGUGCGGAAAGGGUUUUAGCCAGAAGACACACCUCACGGCUCAUGAAGCCACUCACACAGGGGAGAAGCCGUUCAAAUGCCUUGAGUGCGGGAAGGGCUUCAGUUGGACGACGGACCUCAUUUCCCAUCAAGCGACGCAUGCAAGUGAGAAGCCUUUCGUAUGCUUGGAGUGCGGGAGAGGUUUUAGUCAGAAGAAAAACCUCACGUCCCAUGAGGCCACACACACUGGCAUCAAGCCCUUUCAGUGCCUGGAGUGCGGGAAGAGCUUCAGCUGGAAGUUGAACCUCAACCGUCACCUCGCGACCCACACGGGCGAGAAACCGUUUCUGUGCCUCGAGUGCGGGAAGAGCUUCAGCUGCACGACGGAUCUCCUUCGCCACCAGGCGACCCACACAGGGGAGAAGCCCUUCAAAUGCCUUGAAUGCGGGAAGGGCUUUGGUUGGAAAAGCAGCCUGCGCUCCCAUGAGGCAACACACACUGGGGAGAAGCCGUUCAAAUGCUGGGAGUGUGGGAAGAGUUUCAGCCAGAAGUCGCACCUCACUGCUCAUCAAGUCACUCACACCGGGGAGAAGCCGUUUCAGUGCCUCGAGUGCGGGAAAGGUUUCAGUCAGAAGUCACACCUCGCCUCUCACCAAGCGACCCACACGGGAGAGAAGCCAUUCCAGUGCCUCGAAUGUGGGAAGAGCUUCAGUUGGAAGCUGAACCUCACGCGCCACCAAGCCACUCACACGGGGGAGAAGCCGUUCAAAUGUCUUGAGUGCGGGAAGAAGUUCAGCUGGAAGACAGACCUCAUCCGCCACCAUUCAACUCACACUGGGGAGAAACCCUUUAAAUGCCAAGAGUGUGGAAAGUGUUUCAGUCAGAAGAUAAACCUCACUCAUCAUCAAGCCACUCACACAGGGGAUAAGCCGUUCAAAUGCCUCGAGUGCGGAAAGUGUUUUAUCUGCACAACGGAUCUCAUCCGCCAUCAGACCACACACACAGGAGAAAAACCAUAUAAAUGCCUGGAGUGUGGGAAAUGUUUCAGUCAGAAGGUAAACUUCACUCAUCAUCAGGCAACUCACAAACGGGAAAAAUCGAAUAAAGGGCCCUAAAGAUGGAACAGGUUUUAUUCAAAAGACAGAUUUCCGCCAUCAUCAGCUCAACUCAUCCAGGGGAGAAGACAUUUAAAUGCUUGGAGCAUGGGGAAGAUUUCAGUCCAAAGAAAUGUCUUAUUAUCUAUCAAUUCAUACUAUCAAACUAUAUUAUUUCUACAGUGUAGAUACACUAUCAGACUUUGAAUGGGCAGAGUUUGAUGCAGUUUGACACCAUUUUAAAUGCUGUAGUGCCAUCCUGGGAAAUCCUAGGAUUUGUUGUUUGGCAAGGUCCCAAAAGUGCUGGUGCCUUGCAAAACAACAUAUCCCAGAUCUGUGGGAAAGCACCAAGCGCCAUAUGUUAUGACAAUAUCCAUACAUUCAAGAUUCCAGCAAGAAAAUUAUGAAGGGGAAAAAAGAGGAAAAAGUGUCCAGUGGAAAAAAAUAUUGAAAUCAUGUAAAUUGCAGAAUCCACAUGAGGAGAAACCAUAUAAAUGCUUAGAAUGUAGAAAGAGCUUCAAGGAGAGUGAAUAUAGUUUUUCUUAUUAAAGAAAACGACACUGAGAAACCAUACAAAUGUACAGAAUGUGGAAAGAGGUUCUGUGAUAGUGUAUCUCACACUAAACACCCUUAAACCCACAUAGGAUAAACUAUAUACAGUACAACCAAUGUAUCCAUGAGGGAUAUAUUCCCAGACUUACCAUAGAAACAUAAAAUUGCGGAUAGCAGUGAACCCUAUUGAAAUGAGCAACUUUUGGCUGAUGUUGACCAUAGAGUUGUACUGGAGGACCUAGAGAUUCAUAGCGAGAGCACCUUUCUAGGCAUUUCUAGGUCCUCCCAAAUGAUUAUGGUCAACUUCUGCUGGAAGCGUACCAUUGAAUUGUGCUGGAGGACCUAGAAAUGCCUAGAGAGGGCAUUCGGGGGUAUGCAGGUAAGUGAAACGAUGGGGAUCGGUCCCACGGAUACCAGGAUUGUACUGUAAAGCCCUGAAAUGUGGCAAGAGCUUCUAUGAGAAGGGGGGAAUCUAUGUUCCUUAUAAUGCCUAGAUGGGUGUUCUGUCAAGGAAUCUCUAGGUCCUCCAGAGCAACUCUAAGGAAUCCACACCAGGAGACAUGGCAAGAGAUUAAGUCAGCAUGGACAUCUGUGUAGACAUUAAAGUACCCACAUGGGGCAGUAAAAGAGUAUAAAUGUAUGGAAUGUGCUAAGUGCAUCAAUGAUGCAAAUGAACUAUCAUCACAGGGGACAGACAUUAUAUAUGCAUUGAAUAUGGGAAAGAUUUGAAAGCACAAAAGAGCCCACAAAGCAGACAAGCCACAUAAAUAUUUGCAGUAUGGAAUUUGCUCUAGAGUACAGAAUAUUGACUAACCAUCCAAUAUCUCACUCAGGGUGACAAAAUAAUAUUUAGAUAUGGAAUGUAUUAAUAUAAUAUAAUAUGCACAAUGCAUAAUUGAGCUUCAGUCUGAGAACUUGGUUAGAACUCGACUUGGUUUUGCAUUUGCUGCUUUUGGGAUGAGAAAUUUCAUUAAAAUGUGCUUCUCAAAUAAAAUGUUGCAUGGAACUAAGCAAAAAAUAAAAUAAAUAGUA